AUGCGCAGUUUCGGUGCGCAACGUAGCAACGUGAGAUUUCGUUUAGAGGUAAACACGAACUGUUACACAGUUAUAAACGCCUUAAAUUCUACAAUCCAUUUUCUUUCUUGAAGUAUUUGUCAAGUAUUUAGACAAGAGAGGAAACCAGGAUGACGUCUUAUAGGGCUGCAGAUUCUAAGAGGGAAGAGUUUAGAAAAUACUUGGAAAAGGCAGGUGUUCUGGAUGCCUUAACAAAAGUAUUAGUUGGUCUAUAUGAAGAACCUGAGAAACCAAAUAAUGCACUAGACUUUCUGAAGCAUCAUUUAGGAAGUGGUGGACCAGAGACUGCAGAUGUGGAGGCCUUAAAACUGGAAGUCACUGAAUUACGCCAGAAAGUAGAACAACUAACAGAGGAAAACAGUGACCUCAAAGCAAAACUUCAAGCUUAUGAGCCACCAGCAGAGGAGCCAACAGCUGAUAGCUGAACAAAACAAAAACAUUGGUGAUAUAAAAGGAACAUUUUAAAAUCUCAGAAUAAAACUGCCUAUGCAGAAGAAAUAGUGAGCAAACGUCCUUAUGGCUUUAAUGAUACAUUUUUAAGAAGAAUAUUUAUGCAGAGUUCAACAAGGCAGGGUUAUUGUUCAGCUAAAAAACUUCGAAACUUGACAACUGUUAUAUUCAUUGAUUUCAUGGAAAAUUUUAAUUUACAACUGUCAAAAACAAAUCUGAUAUAGUAUCAAAAAUGUUGGUAAAGUAUACUUUAUUUUAAGAUGUAGAUUUUUUUUAUUUCUUGUGGAAAUACAGGUUUUUGUCCUAUAUUUAAUUCUUUGAGUUUUUUGUCAGAUUUAUGAUAUAUUUGUUUGCAUGAGAAAAAUGACUCCCUUAGUGCCUACAACUGGACAUAAAAAUUUUGACAAAAAUAAUUGGAACUAUCAGUGGAAAAAACACUAAAACAUCUUCCUUUGGCAUUGCUAUAGCAAAGUUUCAAAAGAUUUCCUUUCUUUCAUUCCAGUUUUGUCAAGUCCUGUUCCUUUCCAUUGUUGUAUUAUAAACAUUGGUUGUUUAAGGUGAUGGUUUUCUUGUUGGUCUUCUUAUUGCAGACUUGUACAUCAGUCAUGGCAAGCAAAAUCUCCUCCACCAUACUGAUUUUUCCACUCAAUAGUAACGAUGUAAAGAAAUAUGUAUGGAUUGUGUUCUGUAAGAAAAACAAAACUUAUUGUUGACUUUUUCAAAUAUCUAGUAUUACUUUAUUAAUCUUGGUUCUUUACAAUGAUGAGCAGUGAGUUUGACACUGUGGCAUUCAUACAAUGCAUUGAUACCAAUUAAAGUAGCAUCACAACAGCGAGAAGCAACUAUUUACUCAUGCAUGCAGCAGACAUUAUGUUUGUAAUGAAACUAAUUCAGAAUACCUGUUGACUGCCUGCUUUCAACUUAAAAAUGAACACCUGUAAAACUUAACAGCAUCUAAUGUGGUCUAGAAAUGCUAUUUCACAUAUGCUGAAAACUUAUAAAUAAAUUUACUAGACUACAUUUUGAACAUUUACUCCUUGAAUAAUGUCAUAUAAUCUCACAAUGUGAAUUGACAAAAUACUUCACCAGGAAAGUGGCCUUAAUGACUAGCCUUGUCUUGACAUGACAGGGAUGGCCAUCACACUAAAUCUUAACAUGACAAAUUGUUCAGUUGUGUACCGUGGACAAAUGAUAGUCAAUAUCAAAUGGUGCGAGUUACAAAAGCAGAGUGUGCUGCAAAAAUUGCGGUGCAAUCACAAUUGUUUUGAAAUUAACAAACAUUAGUUUCACACAUUUCUUCUUGAUAGGUUGUUAUUAGUUGACUCAGAAAUAAAUAUUGUUUACUGAAUAUUAAAAAAAUAACACUUGAAAAUACAAGCAUAAACUACUUUGAUAUAUAUAUAUAUUUUAAUACAAUUUAGGUAAUUGAAAAAAAGACUGAUGACUGAAAUUUUGACCUUGAAUAAACUGUAUUUCAUAUAAAUACACAGUUCUUUGGUUAAAAUCUAUUCCUUAAUUCUUCAUUUUUUACAAUUAUAACCUAAUCAUCAGUAGGUGACUAGGUCAGAUCAAUGUUUUACUGUCUAUAGCGUACAACAAGUAUGAGGACAUAAUCCUAAAUACUAUUUUUUUAAUUUAAAAAGACGUACUUGAAAAUAUAACAUCUUGUACAGUAACAAUUUCAUAUAGAGAAAAUGACCUUUACAUGGAAAUAUCAGCCAGAAAAAAAAAUUUGCAAUUAAAUUAAAAAUUGGCAAUAAAUUCUUUGUAUAAUUCAAAAUAUUCUGAUAAUCUUGUAAUGCUUUAAAUAAAUGGUACUGAACUAGCUCCUGAAAUGGUAAACGCAAGCCAAAAUAUUGUUAAUGAUAAGGAUAUUAAAAAAAAACCUUAUUUAUAAAAUUACACCUUACCUUACUGCUGUUGAGCAUUCUUGCCUCCCUAACACAUUGUUGUCACAACAAAGUUACAAGAAUGCUGAUUCAAAGCCAUCAAGUUACAUUAGUUGGUGUAUAUUUUGCAGAAACGGGAGAAAAUGACUGUUAAAUUCUGGUAAAAAGUGAAAUGUUAUGAUAAUGCAUCUC